GCUGCGUAAAUCUCGGAGUGAAUGAAGUAGAGUCUACUGGAAAUACAGAUUGGAUGCAGACUUUAAAAACUAUCUAACAUUUCCAGUUUGUCGAGAAGUUAAUUCAGCAUUUUAAUGGAUACCCAUGUGUGAUAAAUGGAUGCAUUUGAUUGUAUGCUUUGUCUGAUUACAGUUUUUCCAUAUAGCCGAUCGAUGCUGGAUGGAUAUACAGUCAGUCAGCGAUCAUUAAAAUAGUGGUGGUAGCAAGCGUCGAUGAAAUCGGCCACUGUCAAUAAAUAAAUGGAGACGCGGACUUCUAUGAGAAUGGGUAACCAGUUUUCUAUGAAGAGGCUGAUACGAGGUUAACUUCAUUCACUGGAAACUUCAGAUUUGGAGAACAUGAAGUUGUCUUCGGUCAGGAUGGGAGUCGUCAAGAUCAUGCUGCUCAUCUUUGAGGCCAUUCUGUUGUCUGACUGUGCAAGGGGACCUCCGCGGGUGGCUGAGAGGGUGGUCCACAGACAGUCAGUGCACCUGGGGAGUUCCAUCAAGCUGCCAUGCCCUGUUGAAGGAGACCCGCCGCCCCUCAUCAUGUGGACCAAAGACGGCCGCAACAUCCACAGUGGCUGGAUCCGCUUCCGCAUCCUCCGCCUGGGCCUGAAGAUCAAGGAAGUGGAGGUCGAGGAUGCUGGAACAUACAUCUGCAAAGCCACCAACGGCUUUGGCAGCGUCAACAUCAACUAUACCCUCAUUGUCAUCGAUGACUCUGGUGCUGAUAAGACUGGGCCAGGGUUCCCUGGUGGGGUGGACUCAGAGUAUGGCCCUGACCACCUAUCAGGAAAACUAGUGCGGCCCCGUUUCACCCAGCCUGCUAAAAUGAGGAAACGGGUGAUCGCUCGCCCCAUGGGGAGCUCUGUGCGGCUGAAAUGUACGGCCAGUGGUAACCCUCGGCCAGACCUUGUGUGGCUGAAGGACGACAGGCCGCUGACGGAGCGCGAGGUGGGUGAGGGGCGCCAGAAGAAGUGGACUCUGAGCCUGAGGAACCUGACCCCGGAGAACAGCGGCAGGUACACCUGCAGGGUCUCCAACCGAGCCGGGGAGAUCAACGCCACCUACAAAGUGGAGGUCAUACAGAGGACCAACUCCAAGCCCAUCUUGACGGGCACUCACCCGGUCAACACCACAGUGGACUACGGGGGGACUACCUCAUUCCAGUGCAAAGUGAGGAGCGAUGUCAAACCGGUAAUCCAGUGGCUGAAGCGUGUGGAGUCCAACGAGGAGAGUCGGUACAACUCCACCAUCGAGGUGGGCGAACAUCGCUUUGUGGUGCUGCCUACGGGAGAGGUGUGGUCACGCCCUGACGGCUCCUACCUCAACAAGCUGCUCAUCACCCGCGCCAAGGAGGAGGAUUCUGGCAUGUACAUCUGUCUGGGCGCCAACACCAUGGGCUACAGUUUCCGCAGCGCUUUCCUCAUCGUGCUGCCAGCCACCAAGCCACCCAUCACCCCGAUGUUCACCCCAGCCUCCAGCACCCUACCCUGGCCUGUCAUCAUCGGCAUCCCUGCUAGCAUGGUGUUCAUCUUCGGUACAGUGCUGCUGUGGCUCUGCCAGAGUAAGAAGCACUGUUCCCCUCCCAGCACUCCGGCUGCGGCUGCCCAGGUCCUGCAGGCCUCUCACCGGCUGCCCUACCGGGAGAGGGACAGGAGCUAUGUGGCCCCCUUCUACACCUCCUCCAGCCCAGAGAAGGACUGCCUGGGCUCCAUAAACUAUGAGGAGUAUCUGGCUCAGCAGCAGCUCCUCCUCACUCAAGGGGGCUCUGCCCUACCCCCCAAAAUCUACCCCAAAAUCUACCCAGACAUCCACACUCACACCCACUCCCACGUGGACGGGAAGGUGCACCAGCACCAGCACAUUCACUUUCAGUGUUAGCCAUGUGCCAAAUAUAAUAUAAUAAUAUAUGUCAUUUAGCAGAAGCCUUUAUCCAAAGCGACUUACA